UAUACGUACAUAUAACAUAAACGGCAACAAUAAUUUCUCAUCCGUCUAUUUUAUUUUUAUUUUUCCAGAUUGGAUCAUUUUUCAUGAUAAACCUGUGCCUGGUGGUCAUAGCCACGCAGUUUUCCGAGACGAAAAAACGGGAAAUGGAAAGAAUGAAAAUGGAACGAGCUCGUUUUCACUCCACCAGCACGCUGACCUCUUCGACAAACAACUCCGAACCGUCGUCCUGUUACUCCCAAAUGGUGAAGCACAUUUACAUAUCAAGACCAGAUGCACACCACGUCGUACUGGGAGACAGUUGCCAAAGAUUAGCUGAACCACGGAGUUACAUUAUUUAGAUAUAUUACACGUUAUCGAAGUAACCAUGCGCUACCGUGAAGUUGAUUGCAUCCGACUUUUGAACUUCGGUUACUGACUCCAAUAGAUUCUACGAUUGGAACAAUAACAAACCUGAACAAUAAUCGAUUAGCCAGUGUUGCGUCUUGAAACUUUUAUAAAUUUUUCAU